CGACAGUCUUCAUUUGGAAGCACGCGAUGGAAUCGCGUGCUUCCAUGUACAACUGCUUACCGAACGAAAGACAUGUGUAGGACUCGUUUCAUUAUUGGGACCUGCUAAAGCUGAUCCUGCCAGCAGCAGCGCCGAUGAAAUAAAUCGCAAAGAAAGCAUAUUGUGAGAAUGAAUGUGAAGGUGAUCUUGCGAACGGCCACUGGCCGUUUGGUAAUGAGGUCAAAGAGAGAAAAGCAGUUGGAAUGAUGAAAUGCUGCAAAACAGAGGGGUGCUCUGACAAUUAUUGUAAUCGAAAGUAAGCGCGGAAAGCCGUUAAGCAAAAGGGAUAGGGAGACACGACGUUCAGCAACGGCGUUCCGGUCUGGGGCAGUCAUGGUCUAUCUACACGGGCGAGCAGAAGAAGAGGCAAUUGCCAAGAGACCCGCAAGGAAAAGAUAUGUACAACACACGGCCCAAGCUAGGGGCAGAGCAUGGAUGCAUGAUAGAAGGAGUGUCGUGGGUCCCAGCAUGCAGUGGUGCGGCAGCAAGGAUUGGGCGUGGAGAAUGUUUGAACCCUUCGAAAAGUCCUCUCAAGCGCCCGCUGGCAGCGCAGACGAGACGCCACUUCUAUGUCCACCUCGAUCGGUGGCUUCUUUGGUCGCCGCCUGCAUUGUACGAUUUCGAAUAGAGAAGCAAAUUUUCCUCUUAGGGACAGAAAGCCAUCCGCUGUGUCAAGCCAACUCUGCGAACCAGACAAGAACUAAAAUGUUGCAUGGGAUUACGCCGCUGAUGACAGGGAAUGAGAGUUGGACUUCAAAACGCUCGUGCUCUCAACCAAAACGACAUGCGUCGAUCGACGUAGAUUAUGAAUUUCAUUGCUUACUUCAUACGGCUGGCAGUCUGUCACCGGAGUUGUGCUUCUUUGGGGACGUAUACACAGCACCUGUUGACCCUCUCGCGUGUUAUGAUGAUGCGUACAGUCAAUUAGCCGCAUGCCUUUCCCGCGCGUAUGAGCGAAAGAUGGCUAGAAUCAAGGAUAUUCGCUCAGAAGUCCGAUGCGAAGGGGUUGGUAGAAAGAUGUAUGACGGAGGCGGCUGGGAAGAUUGCGUAUCUCGGAGAAUUGUUUCAUGAGCAUGAACGCUGGUUGGGCGCACUGAAUCGCAGUGAGACAAGCCACUGCGGGAUGUUACAGAACUUGACAUUAUGGCGGUGUCGU